CUGAAAGUGCCAGUAAGAACCAAGGGUGAAACUGAUGAUAGCUACCUGUUUAUGUUGCAGCCACAUGACGCUUGUGGUUAAGGGAUCAACCUAAACACAAACUGAAGAGAGGUCAACACGCCCAUAAACCAGCAACGAAUGCACUUAAAAUUCCACUUGUCCACGUGUGACAUCACUAUAGCAACCAAGGGCACGCAAGGAGAAGUGUUCGAGGUGGAUCAACAUCGGAGAGAGAGAGAGAGUCGGGGCAUCGGCGAGCUCCGCAAAGAGUCGGGUAAAUGCCAGCUGAUCUUUGCCACCUGUAGCCUACACGUAGUGGAGCGCUGUUGGAGACUUGGCACCCUGCCUGGAGACACUUACAACAAAGCCUAGCUGAGUGGAACGCGACACCUGUUCGUGGAAUGGUUUUUGUUUCAUCAUCCGCCAACUGAAUGAAACUGCAGGUCAGAAUCACAGAAUCCACCAAGUGAUUUUACAUUCAUUGUUUUCUUUAAACAACAUUUCAGUACAAACAGGAAUACAACAAUAUGCACUGUUGAAGAUCUAUCUACUGUGCGUUUCUGAAGCCAUGCCACUGAAAGAGAACAUGGGUGUCAUCACCGUCCACAAAAAAGUUACUCCUGCAUGCCUCAUCAGAUCAAAGUCACCAGUGAGUAUCAACAGGGAGCCUCUGCCCUCAGCAUCAGAUGGGAGACCGGUGCUGUACCUUAAAGGGAAGCCCCUGAACAAAGCCACAGACAAGAGCUGUUGGGCUGGCCAGACCACCUGGAUCUCCUACAACUCACUCAGGAAACAGCUUGAGGCGGAGCAGCAGGAUCUGAAGGCCAUCGCCCAGCCCUUACUGGACACAGAAAACACAUUUGUGAAGCGGGACGUGGAGCAGAUGUUGUGUCGUCAGCAGACGCAGGACCAGUGUCGGCGGGAGUUGCUGUACAAGUGCUGGUCGGAGGAGGUGUGGACCCCCAUCCAGCGUGGCGUGGAGCAGCACAUGGCCCAGGUAGCUGGCCAGGGGACCCAGAGGCUGAGGAGCAUGCUGCUGCACUACAUCCACCACUGCAACGCCAAGGGGUAUGUGUUCUUGGACACCUACGACCCCCAAGAGUACAACCCCUUCCUGUUAAACACCAUCCAUCCCUACACCUCCAAGGUCACAACCCCAGCCUUGAAGGACCCCCUGUUCAUACAAUCACGAGACAGGAUUAAGGAAAAGAGGGUGGUCCUUCGCUGCCAAACAGGCCAGGUGUACACAAGGAAGCAGGUGGAGGAGAUCCUGAGGCGGAGCCUCCACCCUAGCCCGCGGUGCCGCUCUCAUGACCCCAGGCUCCAGGCCCCGCCCCUGGGCAUGCCACCGGAGAGAGACGUCUCCCCCUGGAGGCCAAACAGCAGGGGCAAGAACCUCCUGUACCGCACCUCAGAGGACGCGAGAUGUUACGAGCGACAGUGCUGGUCCACUACAAGACACUGACCAGCACAAUUAAAAACCUGCCCUCUGGAACGCA